AUGCGGGCGGCGGCGGUGGCGGUCCCCCUGGUGCUGGCCGGGGCGCUGGCGCUGGCGCUGGCGGCGGGGCUGGCCGUGCCCCGGGAAGGGCGGCCGGCCCUGGAGAGGCUGCUGCCCGCGGCCGGAGCGCGCUUCGGCUGGACGAACCUCAGCUGCCCCGCCUGCCGGCUGAUCUUCACAGCCCUGGACGCCAGCAUUCAGCUGGAGACCAGCGUGGAGCACAUCCAGCAGCUGGCUACCAAGGUCUGCCUGACACUGAGCCUGGCACCCCCCAACGUGUGUCAGGAGAUCAUCCGUCUCUUUGGGCAAGACGUGGUGACUGCCUGGGUCCGCUCCAUCCUGCGCCCAGCUGAGAUCUGCGGCCUGCUGGUGGGUGCCCAGUGCGGCCACUGGGACAUCUACUCCAGCUGGAACAUCACCCUGCCCAAGACGCCCAAGCCCCCCGUGCGCCCUCCAGUGCCCCCUCCGCCCAGCGCCCCCACGGCACGCCUGCUCUUCCUGACUGACCUGCACUGGGAUCGGCAGUACACCCCGGGCAGCGACCCCAACUGCAAGGACCCGCUCUGCUGCCGGGGGGGGCAGCCGCGGGGGCCCGGGGCCGGCUACUGGGGCUCCUACAGCAAAUGCGACCUGCCCCUCCACACCCUGGAGAACCUGCUGCAGCACUUGGCGUUGGCCGGGCCCUACGAUGCCGCUUACUGGACGGGCGACAUCCCGGCUCACAACGUCUGGCAGCAGACGCGCCAGGACCAGCUGCAUGCCCUCACCACCAUCACCAGCCUCGUCCAGAAGUACCUGGGGCCAUUGCCCGUCUACCCGGCGGUGGGCAACCAUGAGUCGGUGCCGGUGAACGCCUUCCCCCCGCCCUACAUGCCUGGGAACCAGUCCUCCGCCUGGCUGUACGAUGCCAUGGCCGAUGCCUGGCAGCAGUGGCUGCCCCCAGAAGCCCUGCAGACCCUGAGGCUGGGGGGCUUCUACACCCUCCCCAUCUGGCGGGGCCUCCGCCUGGUUUCCCUCAACAUGAACUUCUGCUCCGAGGCCAACUUCUGGCUCCUGAUCAACUCCACCGACCCGGCCGGGCAGCUCCAGUGGCUGGUGGGCGUCCUGCAGAGGGCGGAGGAAAGUGGCGAGAAGGUCCACAUCAUCGGGCACAUCCCGCCCUCCCACUGCCUGCGGAGCUGGGGCUGGAAUUACUACCGCAUCAUCAACAGGUUUGAAGGCACCGUCGCUGGGCAGUUCUUUGGCCACACCCACUUGGACGGGUUUGAGCUUUUUUACGACGAGGAGACCAUCUCCCGGCCGGUGGGCAUUGCCUUCCUGGCUCCCAGCGUUACCACCUACAUCAAACUCAACCCAGGGUAUCGGAUCUACCACGUGGACGGGAUCCGCUCUGGCAGCUCCUACAUGGUCCUUGACCACGAGACGUUCAUCUUGAACUUGACGCAGGCAAACCAGCCCGGUGCCGUGGCUCGGUGGCAGCGCCUCUACGGGGCCCGGGAGACUUACGGGUUUCCCGUGGCCUUCCCAGAGGACUGGAACCAACUCCUGGACCGCCUGCAGGCCGACGAGCGGCUCUUCCAGCAUUUCUGGUACCUGAGGUUCAAAGGCCACCCGCCCACCGAGCCCUGUGGCGACGCCUGCAGGAAGGCCACGCUCUGUGCUCUCCGCACCGGCCGGGCGGCCGAUCCCAAACUCUGCCAGACCCUUAAGAUGCCCUUCUUAGAAAUUCAGGCCUGGCGGCGGAAGCACACAUUUUGCUAGCUGGGGCCCGAGAUGAGUACCAAGGGGCGCAGGGGCCCUGUCCUCCAGCAGGCUCUGUGGGCGUGGGCACAACACGGCACCCCUUCUCUCGGGCACUCCACAGGACUCAAGUUCCAGACAAGCACCGCGGCCCUUCAGAUCGUGCAGAAAGAUGCAGAAAGGACCCAGCAGUGGUCCUAAGACCCUUAGGAGAGGGUGGGGUGCCCUGGCUGCCCUUGGCCUCUGCCCCUACAGCUCCCCUCUAUUGCUCAGCAGCUCCUCCUCUUCCACCCCUGCUCCACCCCUUUUGUGUGGGCACGGAAAGCAGGCCUGCAAGACAUGCCCACCCUGCUGCCCCCGUGUUUGAAGUGCCAUCAGCAAAGGAGGAGCAGAGACCUGGACGGCCGUGGGCGCUGGGGGUUUUGUUGCUGGCUCUGGCGCCAGGCAAAACCUGGCAGGAUCCGUUCUCAGACUCUUCUGCCUCCAGUACCGGCCCAACCUCUGCCAGCGUGGGAUUCCUCUGCAGGGGAGGGGUGCCCCCCAUCUCUUUUGUUCCUCCCUCCCCAGCAAUAAACAGCUUCUGUGUCUCCUC